UUCUGAAAAGUAAUAAUACAAAAUGCACGAUCCCAGCGAUUAUGAUUCAGUCUGUAGUGACGAGGAUUUCAUGAAUGUUAUACAGGGCGCUGAAACGCCCCCAUUAAUGAACUAUGAUGAAUUUAUGGUAAAAACCAUGGAUGAACGACAGCACAUACAGAAGAAAACUUUUACGAAAUGGAUCAAUUCACAUCUAAGCAACACCCAGUGCACACCAGUUAAUGACUUGUUCCUGGACCUGAGAGAUGGCCAUCGCCUGCUGGCCUUGCUCAGCACCCUGACACAAACUCAGCUGAAACCCGAAAAGGGACGCAUGCGCGUGCAUCACAUCAACAACCUGAACAAAGUGCUGCAGGUGAUCCAGCAGCACGGGGUCAAGUUGGUGAACAUCUCCAGCGACGACAUCGUGGGUGGCAAUCCGAAGCUGACGCUGGGCCUCAUCUGGCUGAUAGCGCUCGAGUUCAAUGGCCAGCAUCUAGUCAAGAGCCAUUCAAGCAAUGGCGUUGAGAAGUCCCUGCUGGCCUGGGCGCGGCAGUACACAGACCCGCACGGCUUGGCGCUGAAUGAUUUCGCCAGCUCUUGGGCAGAUGGGCGCGCCUUUCUCAUGAUACUCGCUGCCCACCUGGAUGAGCUGGACCUGGAGCGGGCGCUGGCGCAGCAUGCACUGCAGCGACUGCAUCUGGCCUUUGACCUGGCGCACCGGCACUUCAAGAUCGAGAAGCUGCUGGAUGCGGAAGAUGUGCACACACACAAGCCGGACAACAAGUCCAUACAGAUGUACGUGAUGUGCCUGUAUCAUGCCAUGGAAUCGAUGCGAGCCAUCGAGCGCGACCGAGUGCCCUGCACAAGCAUCACAGACCUGGACGAGGUGCCGCUCGAUAACGAGCGGGAGCUCUACGCCUCGGACAGUGCGACCAGCAUGGAGCUGAAGUCGCCGGCCGAGGAGAGCUCGGUGCGGCCGCUGAGCACGGCGACCAAUGUGAGCGUCGAGAUCAGCAGCUAUCAGGCGGCCUUGGAGGCGGUGCUGACGCUGCUGUUGGAGGAUGAGCAGCUGCUCUCUCAAGAUCUGCCCGAACCAGAGAACUUUCAGGCGGCCAAGCUGCAGUUUCACGAGAACGAGAGCUUCAUGCUGAAGCUAACCGAACAUCAGGAGUUUGUGGGCGAGGCGCUCGAGGAGGGCAGCAAUCUGAUCAAUGAAUCGCAGAAAAAGGAUGGCUCCAGCCUCUCGCAGGUGGAUCAGAAUGAGGUGCGUCAACAGAUGGUCCUGCUGAACGAGCGCUGGGAGACGCUGCGUCUGCGCGCCCUUGACAUGCAAGCCAAGAUUCUGAUGCGGCUGGCAGAGUUCCAGAAACAAAAGCUGGAGCAGCUGCGUCAGUUCCUCACCAAUGUCGAGGAUCGCAUCUCGCACAUGAGCGACCUGGGGCCGACCUUGGCCGAGGCCGAGCAGCAGUUGGCGGAGGCACGCCAGCUGAAGGCGGAUCUGUCCGAGCAGCAGGAGCUGGUGGAUAGCAUUAGCAGCAUGGUGGUCAUUGUGAACGAUACCUCUGGCAAUUUCAACGAUCUGGAGGAUCGCCUGAGUGCGCUGGGUGAGCGCUGGUCCCACGUGGUCAAGUGGAUAGAUUUGCGCACCGAGAAGCUGCAGCAAUACAAAUGCAUCUCGCGCUGGCUGGAUGCGCGCGAACAGGACCUCAAGCGCAUGGAGAGCCGCGAUGUCACCGACGUGGGCGGCAUCACACAGCGCAUCAACGAGCUGAACUACUGUGCCAAGGAUCUGCUCGAGCUGCAGCGCUAUCUGGUCGAUCUGCGGCAAAUGGUGGCCGCCACGCUGCAGGAUGGCGAUGACAAGGGCGAGCGCGUACUCAUGCAGCUGGAGAGCUAUGAGGAUCGCCUGGAUGCACUCAAGCAGAUCCUGGAGGUGCAAACGCAGCGCAUCGAGUCGAAGGGCUUCAACUUUGGACGUGAGCGGGCCAGCUUCGAUGAUAGUCGAGUGCUGCGGCCAGAGGGCUGGGUGGACUAUCAAAUGAUUAUACGAUUCGGCGAGGACGAGGGCGAGGAGGAGGACGAAGAUGAGCCCGAGCAGAAGCAGUCACAGCAGCAGCAGUCACAGCAUGCAAACUCAAUAUAUGGAGCGUCGGGCCAGCCAAAAGAGCAAGACCAGACUGCUUUCCGAGCAGCGCUUCUUCAAUAG